GUGACGGUGGCGCGGCUAACAACCGGUAGGCGGAGAGGUCACCACCGCGUUCACUGGAGGACCUCCGACAAACAGCUGUUCACCAUCCGCCACAGCAACAGACGAUUUGCAGAUAUUUUAAAAACGCCAUGAACGGACCGGUGGUGCUGUUGGCCCCCUGUUAAUAAAGCUGAAAAUGCCCUAUGCGUGCUGGUUUGUGCUAGAAGAUGGCGGAGUCGGAUGGUGGCGAUUUUGCCUCGAAGCGUUCGCCGAGCAGUAUGGCUAACAAAAACAGCACCCUGCGCUGUACUUUCUCAGCCCCGAGCCACAGUGCCACGCUCCUCCAGGGCUUGUCAGUUUUGCGGGCUCAGGGUCAACUGCUCGACGUUGUGCUGGCCGUCAACGAGGAGCGUUUUCAGGUCCAUAAAGCUGUACUGGCCGCCUGUAGUGAUUAUUUCAGAGCUAUGUUUACUGGAGGCAUGAGGGAGUCAAACCAAGAUAGCAUUGAGCUGAAGGGUUUGUCUGCCCGAGGGCUGAAACACAUUAUCGACUUUGCCUACAGCUCAGAAGUCACUCUGGACCUGGACUGCGUUCAAGAUGUUCUAGGGGCCGCUGUUUUUCUCCAGAUGGUUCCCGUCAUUGAGCUCUGUGAGGAGUUCCUUAAGUCGGCAAUGAGUGUCGAGACCUGCCUGCACAUUGGUCAGAUGGCGACCACUUUUAGCUUGUCCUCCCUCAAAGAGUCCGUGGAUGCCUUCACUUUCCGCCACUUCCUCCAGAUUGCCGAGGAAGAGGACUUUCUGCACAUUCCCAUGGAGCGCCUCAUCUUCUUCCUGCAGAGCAACAAACUGAAGAAUUGCAGUGAGAUCGAUCUCUUCCACGCCGCCAUCAGGUGGCUCCGAUACGACCAGUCGCGCCGGGCUCGGGCUAGCAAUGUCCUCGGUCACAUACGAUUCCCGCUCAUGCGCUCCUCAGAGUUGGUGGACAGCGUCCAGACGGUGGAUAUCAUGGUGGAGGACGUGCUGUGCCGGCAGUUUCUUCUUGAGGCCUUCAAUUAUCAGAUCCUUCCCUUCCGACAGCACGAAAUGCAGUCCGCGCGGACUCUCAUCCGCUCCGAUGUUGUGUCGCUCAUCACCUUUGGCGGGACUCCGUACACCGACAACGACCGCACGGUGAGCUCCAAGGUGCUGUACCUCCCCGAUGCUGCCUCGCGCCAGUUCAAAGAGCUAACCGAGAUGGAGAUGGGCUGCAGCCACGCUUGCGUGGCCGUGCUGGACAACUUUGUGUAUGUUGUGGGUGGACAGCACCUGCAGUACCGCAGCGGGGAGGGGGCGAUCGACAGCUGCUUCCGCUAUGAUCCCCAUCUGAACCAGUGGCUGCGCAUCCAGUCCAUGCAGGAGGCCCGGAUCCAGUUUCAGCUCAAUGUCCUGCAGGGACAGCUUUACGCAACGGGCGGUCGCAAUCGGUCCGGCAGUCUGUCUUCUGUCGAGUGCUACUGCCCCAAGAAGAACGAGUGGUCUUCAGUGGAGCAGCUGAAGCGCAGGAUUUGGGGACACGCGGGGACUCCCUGUGGAGACAGACUGUACAUUUCGGGGGGUUACGGGGUCUCGGUGGACGACAAGAAAACCCUCCACUGCUACGAUCCGGCGUCGGACCAGUGGGACUUCAAAGCCCCCAUGAAUGAGCCCAGGGUGCUUCACGCCAUGAUCAGCAGCCGGGAUCGUGUCUACGCGCUCGGCGGUCGCAUGGACCACGUGGAUCGCUGCUUCGACGUGCUGGCAGUCGAGUAUUACAUUCCAGAGAAUGACCAAUGGACCACCGUCAGUCCCAUGAGAGCAGGGCAGUCUGAGGCGGGCUGCUGCCUGCUGGAUGGGAAACUGUACAUCGUAGGGGGUUACAACUGGCACCUGAACAACGUCACAAGCAUCGUUCAGGUGUACAACACUGUGACAGAUGAGUGGGAAAGGGAUUUGCACUUCCCAGAAUCCUUUGCUGGCAUCGCUUGCACUCCAAUUAUACUUCCACAAAAUACCACACAACGCUAAGCACCUGACCUUUGGCUGUGAAGAUUUAGUUUCACACGCUCACUCUGCCAUCCUCUGAGUCCUCUCAAGGUGUGCGCAUCAUUUAUGAGUGUGUCAGGAGAAAGACCUGAAAAGCUACUAGGCCACAAUACCCUGAAAUGUGUAUUAUUCAACUUCUUUUGGGAAACACGCAUUUUAUUCCAAGGGUUAAUACUUUUUAAAUGAUCUUUCUUGGGGUCUUUAGUUUUGAUCAUUUUAAAUAAAAAAUGUGAACGCUUUAAUCUAUUUAAAAGGAAAAGCCUCAAAGAAGAUGGUGAUCAGUGAUUUCACGCCUCAGUAUAUAAUGAAUGAGAUCUUAUAAUUAUUGCACAGUUGUAUGAUCAUGGGUAAAUGAAGUGGACAUGUAGUAUUUUGGAAUUCUCUUAUCAAGUAGCAUAACCUAAUUUAUAGCACUUUCUAAGUAUUCCACUAACCAAUCAAGGGCAUAUGUUACAUAUGGCACAAAUAGAUUUUUAUACUAUCAUUAAUCAGAGUGGCUGUUAUUUGUUUUGUAGACAUAUUGAUUGUAAAGUUGUGAUUUUUUUUUUGUUUUUUGUCUCUUCAGGCAAUUUAUGAUUAAACUUGACCUUACUCUUUGUGUAUGUUACAACUGUUCAACAAACUGCUAAUCAGAACUUAUGGAGGAUUGCACAAAAAUGAGUAAUGGGUGUUACAGUUUUGAUCAGUAAUGGUGUUUUAAAUAAUGAAAAAAUCCUAUGAUUCCUGGGUUAAAAGUCCUAAAAGCAAGUUUUUUUAAGUAUAUUUUUCUCAAUCAACAUAACAAAAUAUUGUAGACCUCUUAUGGCAGCUACACAAAUGACUGAUGUGUGUGUCUGAUACAAUAUCAGUGUGUUUUUGUCAUGGAUAAAGCAUUGUUUUGUGCACCAAACAAGAUCAACAUGAAAAUUUCCAGAUGCUCUUUGGAUCUCAGAGAAAAAAAAAAAGCUUUGCUUUAGUGUUCACAAAUCUCUACUUAUGGACUGAAACCGACGUCAUGGCUAUAUUCCAUUUUUUUCUGCAAUUGCUUUUCUUUUUAAAGCCUUGUCUAUUAGUUAUAUAAUGCUAAAAAACAUCAUAUAAAUGAAGGACUUGUUGUGUUUUCCUUUUGAGCAUGGCUACGCACAGGAUGGUGAGGAGAGUCCUCCAUUUAACUGCCUCCCGGUGUUUAGUCCUACCUGUUAAAGCACAGUAUAUUGUUAAAGUGCAAUAUGAGGAAAACUACUUAAGUUAAAAGGGGAAUGUACGCAUUUGUGUCGCUUUAUGUGUCAAUUAAAGUGUUUCAUGUUUUAAAAAGCACAUAUGUUU